CCCGGUGCUCCAGGUGCGGAAACUGAGGCCCAGAGUGGGGAGGCUGGGCGGGGCGCCCUCCCCGGAGGGCCUGCUCUGGGAGCCUGGAAGCCCCCUCGGCUGUGUGCAGACGUGCCUGGGAGCCCAGGGAGCCUCGGGCUGCGAGGGGCAGGUCCCGGCAGGGCUUGGAGUCCCUGCGGAGAAUUGGCAUUUCCAGCCCAGUUGUACUAAACCAGAACCCAUAGUUUAACAAGAAUCCCAGGAGACUCUUAAGUGUAAGGUCUUGGCAACUUGUUAGAAAAUGCAGCGAACUCGAACAAACCGGGUGGAAGCCCUGGGUCUGAGACCCAGGCCAGAGGCAGGUGCUGGGGGCUCCUUCUGACUUUCGGGUUCAGGAAGUAGGGACAGGCCUCGGAGGCGGUGUGGUCAGCCAGGCAGAGUGCUUUGUCCCGGGUGCGUUAGGACCCGGGCCAGGCUGGCUGGGAGGAUGCCCCUCUUGGCUUCUAGUGUCAGAGGGUGUGACGCUGCGGCCCUGAGUGGGAAACAGACGGCCAUGCCCUUGGGACCUUUUGGUCAAAGUGGAGGUGUGGCCCUCGGCGCCAUGGGCGGGAUAUGAGGCCCCGGGACUAAGGGUGCUGCUGGAGGAGGUGGACAGGGACGGGGGGCUCUGGCCAGCCAGACUGGUGAGAAGGGGUCAGUGUGGACCGGAGAGCCAAGGCUCUGCCAGGCACGCACCUCUCACCUGGUGGCCCACCUGUUGUUGCACACACCUGAGAAGCCACCAGGGGGCGCUGACACCACAGCUUCCGUGAGGCUGGUCGCCCUGGCCUCCACUCCAGCUCGGCACCUGGGGUUACAAACUCAGACAAAAGGAACCCUUGUCAUUGCUACAUUGCUAACGAAGAACUGAACCCUGUCUGCUGUAGAAGGUGCAGGGCACGUGGCAGGCGAGCAUGGAGGCAACCUGGAUCCCACCAGUGCUGAUUCGCUCAGGCCCCCUUCCUGUGAACCUGGACUGUUUUAGGGGUGCGUUUAAAUUGCCCUGGGCCACUUCCCUCUGCAUGGUGGGUGCUCCAGCACUAGCUUCGGUCAGCUGUCUGCACUGACCCUCUUCCGACUACACUCCAGCCACCAGCUGAUGUGGUCACACCCCUCUGGUCAUCAUGAGGGUCCUCAGCUGCCACCUUUGCCCACUGAGGUCCUAUCCAGGCUGCUGAGAGGGUGCCCGUGGCAGAAGGGUCCUUGGAGAGCCCACAGGGCAAUGGGGAGACCGGGGCACAGAGGCCAGAUGUGGCUGAGAAAGUGGCAAGGCCCUAUGCAGUGGGCCAUGAGCACCACAGGUGAGGAACAUGGGGAUGUGAGGUACUUAGUCUCCUAGGAAGCAUGUUGGUCACUAACCACCUUUUGAGCUUGGAAUGUUCUGUGUUGCACCCUUCAACAAAUGCAAAGGCGUUUGGGCCCCACAUCCUGGCCAGUCGAGAGCACUUACAGCCCAGGACACUAAGCCCAAGACAGGACACUGAGCCCAGAUUUUGAGUCUGGGACGCAGGAUGCCACGCUCAGGAGGCCCAGCCUGGAGUGCUGAGCCGGGAUGGAGGAUGGUGAGCCCAGGACGCCCAGCCCAGAUGCCAAGCCUGGCGUGCUGGGUGCUCUCUCAGGCACUGCUGGGAGGAGGCGGUUCCUUGUGGAGGGAGGACUGGGGAGCCCCACACACCCCCAUUCCUGUGCCUGUAGUGGCAUGCAUGGUUGCUUGGAGAUGAGGCUGUUCCGAAGCUGGGGACAGUGUGGAUACUGGCUUGGGGCUCCCAGCCUUUUAGCCCUGAAUGUGCUCUCAGGAAGCUGCCACCCCUGAGCAGGGCAGGUGGAGGGUGGCCCUUCCACCACCCAUCCUGCGUGUUGGAGGUUCUUCAGUGCUAGGGUGCGCCUGUUGGUGGAGUUCCAUCUCAUUCCUCGUGUUUCCCCACCUGGUCUGUGGAAGAAAUUCACCUCUUACAGUUGUCUGGACUGUUCCCUGACUCCCAGCAACCACUGCUGUGUUCUCCGUUUCCAUAAUUCUGUCAUUUCAGGAAUGUUAACCCACUGCUGUUGAGUCAAUUCUGACUCAUAGUGACCCUGUAGGACAGAAUAGAGCUGCCCCGUAGGGUUUCCAAGGCUGUAAUCUUUACAGAGAUGGAUUGACACAGUGGCUGCAGCAGCAGGCUCGAGCCUAACAACGGUUGUGAGGAUGGCGCAGGACCUGGCAGUGUUUCAUCUGUUGUGUACGGGAUUGGUAUGAGUCGGAGCCGACUGAACGGCACUUCACAUUAACAGUCUUUAUGGAAGCCAACUUCCACAUCUUUCUCCCACAGAGUGGUGUGUUUGAAUCUCCAGCCUUUCGGUUCACAGCUGAGCGCUUAACCACUGCGCCACUAGGGCUCUUUAAGAAUGUUACGUGGAUGGAAUCGUAGAGUACGUAUCGUUUUGUAUUGGCUCUUUUCAUUCCAUGUAAUUCUCUGAAAAUUCACCCAAGUUGUGUGUAUCAGUGGUUUGUUCCUUUCUACUGCCGAGUAGUAUUCCAUGAGUGGACGUAGCACCGUCUGUUUGAACGUUCAUCUGUUGAAGAGUGUCUGGGUUAUUUCUAUUGUACUUUUUGGUCACUGGAAAUAAAACUGCUAUGAACUUCCAUGCGCUGGUUUUUGUGUGCCCACAAGCCUAUGUUUCUGUGGGAUGAAAGCCCAGGAGUGAAAUAACUGGCUUAUGUGGUAAUUACAUGUUUAGUUUUAUAGGAAACUGCCAUACUCUUUCCUGAGUGGCUGCACCCUUUCACAUUCCCAUCAGCAGUGAGUGAGUGAGCCAGUUUCUCCACGUCCGCGCCAGCCUUUGGUGUCAUUGCUGUUUUUUGUUUUAGUCAUUUUAAUAGGUGUGUAGUGAUGUCUUCUGUGGUUUUGACUUGCAUUUCCCUUACGGCCAGUGAAGUUGAGCAUCUUUCCAUGUGCUCCCUUGUCACCUGUAUAUCGUCUUCAGUGCUGUGUCGCUUUGUGUCCGUAGCCCAAUUUCUAGGCACCUCGUUCUUGUGCUGCUGUGUUUUCUGGGUUUUUUAUAGGUUCUAGGUAUGAGUUAUUUGUCAGAUAUGUAGUUUGCAAACUUUCCCCCAGUCUGUACCUUGUCUUCUCAUUCUCUUAAUGGGGUCUUUUGCAGAGAAAAUGUUUUAAUUUUGAUGAAGUCCACUUUAUCAGUGUCAUUUUUUAUGGAGUUAAGUCUAAGAACACCUAAUGAUUUUCUCCUGCUUUUAAAAAAAGGUUUUAUAGUUUUACGUUUAUAUGCAAAUGCGUGAUCCAUUUCAAGUUACUCUUUGUGUAAGCCAUGAACUUUAGGCCAAGGCUCACUCUUGGCCUGUGGGCGUCCAGUGGCUCCAGAGGGCUUCUGCCACUGAAUGGUCUCUGUACCUCUGUCAGAAGUCAGCAGGCGGCACUGUGUGGUAGAUACGCCUAAGGAAAAGGAGCACCAAAAAAAAAAAAAAACACCAAACCCAGGGCCCUCCAGACCAUUCCAACUGGUAGUGACCCUAUAGGACAGAGUAGAACAGCCCCAUAGAGUUUCCAAGGAGCGCCUGAUGGAUUCGAACUGCCAUCCCUUUGGUUAGCAGCUGUAGCACUUGACCACUAUGCCACCAGGGUUUCCAGGAAAAGGAGUAGGUACGUUUAUAUGCGCUGAUGUGUAAAGAUGUUAAAAACACACUGGUAAGUGAACUACAUUACAAAAACUUAUGCACUGUAUAAUUGAAGUUUCGUUUUUGUAAAAUGUUACCAUAUUGAUGUAGUGUUUGAGUAGUUAAAAAGUAAAAUAAUGGCAGAAAUACAAUAAGUCAAAUCAGUAAAAACAAAAAGUGGGGUGUAUUUGUGGGUUCAGUUUCCGAGUUCUCUGUUUGUUCCACUGAUUUGUCUGUCCCUCCACCAGUACGCCACUGUCUCGUUACUGCAGUGACAUGGGCUCCAUGCCCGUUGGGUCUUACUCCUGCAAGCCCUGAGUACAUGAGAUUGUUAGGUGCGUUGAGUCAGCUCCGACACUUAACAACCCUGUAUACGACGGAACAAACACUGCCUGGUCCUGCACCAUCCUCACAAUCAUUGCUAGGCUGAGCCCAUUGCUGCAGCCACUGUGUCAGUCCAUCUCGUCAAGGGUAUUCCUCUUUUUCAGUGACCCUCUACCUUACCAAGCAUGAUUUCCUACUCCGGGGACUGGUCCCUUCUGAGAACAUGUCCAAAGUACGUGAGACAAAGUCUUGACAUCUUGCUUCUAAUGAGCAUUCUGGCUGUACUUCUUCCAAGACAGAGUUGUUUGUUCUUCUGCAGGCCAUGGUACACUCAACAUUCUUUGCCAACACCAUAAUUUAAAGGCAUCAGUUCUUCUUUGGUCUUCCUUAUUCAUUGUCUAGUUUUCAUAUACAUAUGACAUGACCGAAAACACCAUGGCCUGGGUCAGGUGCACCGUAGUCCUUAAAGUGACAUCUUUGCUUUUUAACACUUUAAGAGAUCUUUUGCAGCCGAUUUGCCUAAUGCGAUGCAUCGUUUGAUUUCUUGACUGCUGCUUUCAUGGGCGUUGAUUGUGGAUCCAAGUAAAAUGAAAUCCUUGACAACUUCAAUCUUUUCUCCGUUUAUCAUGAUGUUGCUUAUUGGUCCAGUUGUAAGGAUUUUUGUUUUCUUUAUGUUGAGGUGUAAUCCAUACUGAAGGCUGCAGUCUUUGAUCUUCAUCAGUAAGUGCUUCAAGUCCUCUUCACUUUCAGCAAGCAAGGUUGUGUCAUCUGCAUAACUCAGGUUGUUAAUGAGUCUUCCUCCAGUCCUGAUGCCCCGUCCUUCUAUAUACAGUCCAGCUUCUCAGAUUAUUUGCGCAUAUACGAAUUGACUAGGUAUGGUGAAAGAAUACAACCCUGACACACACUUUUUUUUCUUUUAUUAUACUUUGGGUAAAAGUUUACAGCUCAAGUUAAUCUCUCAUGCAAAAAUUUAUACACAUAUUGCUAUGUGACACGAGUUGCAAUCCCUACAAUGUGACAGCAUGUUUUCCCUUUUCGCCCCAGCUUUCCUGUGUCCGUCCAACCAGCUCCUGUCCCUUUCUGCCUUCUCAUCCUGCCUCCAGACAGGAGCCGCCCAUUUGGUCUUGCGUAUCUGCUUCAGCGCCCCCACGUGUCUGUCAGUUUGUUGUACUGUGGGGGCUUGUGUGGUGCUGUGAUGCUGGAAGCUAUGCCACCGGCAUUCAGAUACCAGCAGGGUCACCCAUGGAGGACAGGUUUCAGGUGAGAUUCCAGACUAAGACAGACUAGGAAGAAGGGCCCAGCAGUCUACUUCUGAAAAGCAUUAGCCAGUGAAAACCUUAUGAAUAGCAGCGGAACAUUGUCUGAUAUAGUGCUGGAAGAUGAGCCCCCCAGGUUGGAAGGCACUCAAAAGAUGACUGGGGAAGAGCUGCCUCCUCAAAGUAGAGGCGACCUUAAUGACGUGGAUGGAGCUUUUGGGACCUUCAUUUGCUUUCGGGACCUUCAUCUGCUGAUGUGACACGACUCAAAAUGAGAAGAAACAGCUGCAAGCAUCCAUUAAUAAUCAAAACGUGGACUGUACGAAGUAUGAACCUAGGAAAAUUGGAAAUCGUCAGAAAUGAAAUAGAACGCAUAAACAUCGAUAUCCUAGGCAUUAGUGAGCUGAAAUGGACUGCUAUUGGCCGCUUUGAAUCAGACAAUCAUAUAGUCUACUAUGCUGGGAAUGACACCUUGAAGAGGAAUGGUGUUGCAUUCAUCGUCAAAAAGACCGUUUCAAGAUCUAUCCUGAGGUACAGCGCUGUCAGUGAUGGAUAAUAUCCAUACGCCUACAAGAAAGACCAGUUAAUACGACUGUUAUUCAAAUUUAUGCACCAACCGCUAGGGCCAAAGAUGACGAAAUAGAAGAUUUUUAUCAGCUGCUGUAGUCUGAAAUUGAUCGAACAUGCUAUGAAGGUGCAUUGAUAAUUACCAGUGAUUGGAAUGCAAAAGUUGGAAACAAAGAAGAAGGAUCAAUAGUUGGAAAAUAUGGCCUUGGUGAUAGAAACAAUGCUGGAGAUCGAAUGAUAGAAUUUUGCAAGACCAACGACUUCUUCACUGCAAAUACCUUCUUUCACCAACAUAAACAGUGACUGUACACAUGGACCUGGCCAGAUGGAACACACAGAAAUCAAAUUGACUACAUCUGUGGAAAGAGACAAUGGAAAAGCUCAAUAUCAUCAGUCAGAACAAGGCCAGGGGCCGACUGUGGAACACACCAUCAACUGCUCAUAUGCAAGUUCAAGCUGAAACCAAAGAAAAUCAGAGCAAGUCCACAAGAGCCAAAAUAUGACCUUGAGUAUAUCCCACCUGAAUUUAGAGACCAUCUGAAAAAUAGUUUUGACGCAUUAAACACUAGUGACUGAAGACCAGACGAGUUGUGGAAUGACAUCAAGGACAUCAUCCAUGAAGAAAGCAAGAGGUCAUUGAAAAGACAGGAAAGAAAGAAAAGACCAAGAUGGAUGUCAGAGGAGACUCUGAAACUUGCUCUCCAACAUUGAGCAGCUAAAGCAAAAGGAAGAAUUGAUGAAGUAAAGACCUGAACAGAAGAUUUCAAAGGGCGUCUCGAGAAUACAAAGUAAAGUAUUACAAUGACAUGUGCAAAGAGCUGGAGAUAGAAAACCAAAAGGGAAGAACACACUCAGUGUUUCUCAAGCUGAAAUAAAAAAAUUCAAGCCUCGAGUUGCAAUAGUGAAGGAUUCUAUGGGGAAAAUAUUAAACAAUGCAGGAAGCAUCAAAAGAAGACAGAGGGAGUACACAGAGUCAUUAUACCAAAAAGAAUUAGUGGAUAUUCAACCAUUUCAAGAGGUGGCAUAUGAUCAGGAACUGAUGGUACUGAAGGAAGAAGUCCAAGCUGCUCUGAAGGCAUUGGCAAAAAACAAGGCUCCAGGAAUUGAUGGAAUAUCAAUAGAGAUGUUUUAACAAGCAGAUGCAGCGCUGAAGGUGCUCACUCGUUUAUGCCAAGAAAUAUGGAAGAGAGCUUCCUGGCCAACUAGAUUGGAAGAGAUCCAUAUUUACGCCUAUUCCCAAGAAAGGUGAUCCAACCAAAUGUGAAAAUUAUAGAACAAUAUCAUUAAUAUCAUAUGCAAGCAAAAUUUUGCUGAAGAUCAUUCAAAAACGGCUGCAGCAGUAUAUCAACAGGGAACUGCCAGAAAUUCAGGCCGGUUUCAGAAGAGGAUGUGGAACCAGGGAUAUCAUUGCUGAUGUCAGAUGGAUCCUGGAUGAAAGCAGAGACUACCAGAACGAUGUUUACCUGUGUUUUAUUGAGUAUGCAAAGGCAUUCGGCUGUGUGGAUCAUAACAAAUUAUGGAUAACAUUGUGAAGAAUGGGAAUUCCAGAACACUUAAUUGUGGUCAUGAGGAAAUUUACAUAGAUCAAGAGGCAGUUGUUCAGACAGAACAAGGGGAUACUGAUUGGUUUAAAGUCAGGAAAGGUGUGCAUCAGGGUUGUGUUCUUUCGCCAUACCUAUUCAAUCUGUAUGCUGAGCAAAUAAUCCGAGAAGCUGGACUAUAUGAAGAAGAACGGAGCAUCAGGAUUGGAGGAAGACUCAUUAACAACCUGCGUUAUGCAGAUGACACAACCUUGCUUGCUGAAAGUGAGGAGGACUUGAAGCACUUACUAAUGAAGAUCAAAGACCACAGCCUUCAGUAUGGGUCGCACCUCAACAUAAAGAAAACAAAAAUCCUCACAACUGGACAAAUGAGCAACAUCAUGAUAAACGGAGAAAAGAUUGAAGUUGUCAAGGAUUUCAUUUUACUUGGAUCCACAAUCAACAGCCAUGGAAGCAGCAGUCAAGAAAUCAAAAGUCGCGUUGCAUUGGGUGAAUCUGCUGCAAAGGACCUCUUUAAAGUGUUGAAGAGCAAAGAUGUCACCUUGAAGACUAAGGUGUGCCUGACCCAAGCCGUGGUAUUUUCAAUCACAUCAUAUGCAUGUGAGAGCUGGACAAUGAAUAAGGAAGACCGAAGAAGAGUUGACGCCUUUGAAUUGUGGUGUUGGUGAAGAAUAUUGAAUAUACCAUGGACUGCCAAAAGAAUGAACAAAUCUGUCUUAGAAGAAGUACAGCCAGAAUGCUCCUUAGAAGCAAGGAUGGCGAGACUGCGUCUUACAUACUUUGGACAUGUUGUCAGGAGGGAUCAGUCCCUGGAGAAGGACAUCAUGCUUGGCAGAGUACAGGGUCAGCGGAAAAGAGGAAGACCCUCAAUGAGGUGGACUGACACGGUGGCUGCAACAUUGAGCUCAAGCAUAGCAACGAUUGUAAGGAUGGCUCAGGACCGGGCAGUGUUUCAUUCUGUUGUGCGUAGGAUCGCCCUGAGUCGGAACCGACUCAAUGGCACCUGACAACAACAUCUGCUUGAACUAAGAAGCGCACGCUUCACAGUUCUUCGCUCCUCAAGCUGCUGCCGCCUCCCCUGAAGAAUGGACCUAGGAGUACCUGCUGGUGAUGCCACUGCUGACCCCGCCGCCGGUGACCCCGCCGCCGGCCAGGACCCAGUCCUGCUCCUGCAGGCGCUGCAGGCACGGUGGCCCACGAAGGAUCUGCACCAGCUCAGGGAGGAAGCCUGGCAGGGUUUUGCUGCCCUGGACGACCCGCUCACAGGACUCCUGGACAUGCUGGAGGGUGGCCGCGCCAGCGGGGGGCAGGGCCACUCACUGCAGACAUGGGUUGCCUGUGAGAUGCAGCGUUGGCUGCAGGCACAGCCACCACACCCAGGGCUGGCCCCGGGCAGCCCACAACUGGGGCAGCUGCAGGCCCGAGCAGCUGCGGUCCUCGCGGGGGGACCCUUCAGUCUCACAGAGCCACUGGUCAGCAUCUUCCAGCUUCAGGACGCCGAUCGGAGCCUUUUGCUGGAUCACAUUGGCCGCCUCCAUGACAGGGGCAAGUUCAAAGAGGCCGUCUUGCUGAGCACAAAGCUCAAGCUGCAGCGAGAACUCGACAUUGAGAAGAUGAGCAUCCCACUGCUCCUCCAGAACAAGGUGAACCUGGUAGAGCGUUACAUGGAUGGCUUCCCAGACCUGCAGAGGAGGCUGCUGGUCCUCAUGGAUUCCUGGUGCAAGCCUGGCUUUGACAUCAGAGAUGUUGCCAGGAGGGUUCCGGAGGUGACGGGGGCCAGGCUGGAGAAGCUGAGUCCAAAACUGCUGAGUAGACAGGUGCUGCGUCUGCUGGAGCGCUAUGGCCUGGACCCAGCCCUGUGCUCCAAUGUCAUCAACCAGCAACACCUAGGGACUCUGCAGUACCUGUGCUACAAAAGGUUUGUGGAGGGAAGCCUGUCUCAGGAGAACUGGGCCGACCACGUGCGGGACCUGGUGGGGCAGAGUGAGUGGCUGCAGGACAGGCUGCUCCAGCUGCUGGCCUCUCAUGGUGACAUGGCCAUGACUGCCCGGUGUGCCCAGGACCUCUCGCUGCCUGAGGGGCGGCUGCCGGCCGCAGUAGCCAAUGAGCUGAGCAGGCUUCAGCUGCAGGAGAGGGCGGCCCAGGCUGGCGGGAGGCUGGAGGAGCCUGGCAGCAAGGACAGGAGCAGUUACUACCAGCUGCCCAUUGCCAGGGAAGACAUUUGCUUCCUGGCCACAUGGGAGGACCUGGCCCAGCACGGGCCUGAGCUCCUGCAGCCCGGUGGGGUGGUCGGCGUGGACCUGGAAUGGAGGCCCUUGUUCCAGGCAUCGGGCCGGCCCUGCGCUUCCCUAGUGCAGCUGGCGGUGGAGGGCCGAGUGCUACUGCUGGACGUGCCUGGACUUGCCCAGCUGCCGGGGGGCCAGGGGGUGCAGGCCUUGUCCCAGCUCCUGAGCCAGCUCUUCUCAGACCCCUCCAUCACCAAGCUGGGUUACGGGAUGGCAGGAGACCUGCAGAGCCUGGGUGCUUCCUGCCCCACCCUUGCCGACUUGGAGAAGCAGAUGCGGGGCGGCCUGGACCUGCAACAGAUGCACAGGCAGAUGCGGUUGGCAGACAGGCCAGGCCCACGUGUGGAUGCGGCAGGGGCACCACGGGGCCUGAGCCUCCUGGUACAGCAGGUGCUGGGCAAGCCCCUGGACAAGGCGCAGCAGCUCUCCAACUGGGACCUGCGGCCACUGCGGGAGGAACAGCUUGUCUAUGCAGCCACAGACGCCUACUGCCUGCUGGAGGUGUACAGGGCACUGUGCCGAGACCCCGCCCGCUUUCGCUUGUCUAUGAACCUGGUCGAGAGCCUGGGGGCCAGGCGCAUCGUGAGAUCAGGGGCCCAGAGGCCACCUGACCGGCGGGAGGCCCUGGCCUCGCCCCAGCAGGUGCCUGUGGCAGUGGGUGAGGGAGCAGCCCCCGAAGUCUCCGCCAAGGACUUCCGCGUGGUAUGUGACAGCAUGCUGCAGGGGUUGGCACGGAGCCUGCGUUGCCUAGGUGUGGACGUUCGUGUGUUGGGUGCCGGUGAGGACCACCGCAGGGCGGCUGAGAUCGCCAGACAGGAGGAGAGGAUUAUCCUGACGUCGGGGCUGCCGUACCACAAGCUCCAGGCCCAGGUCGGGGCUGGGCGCUGCCUCUCGGUUGACUGUUCCCUCAAGGCCCGGGAGCAGGCGCAGGCUGUGCUCAGGCACUUCAACGUGCGAGUCACCCUCUCUGACAUCUUCAGCCGCUGCCAGGUGUGUAACUGUGACCGGUACCUGAAGGUCUCCAAGGACAUGAUGAAACACCUCAUGAGGCUCAACGGUCACCAGGAAGGCUCCAGCAGCACAGGUGAAGAGGCUACCCCAAGUGAGGAUGGGCAGGGGACAGGUUCAGCACCAGAGCCGACCCCCAAGGACUGUGUCUACGACCCGCCAUGCCGCUGGCUGGAGACGUCAGACCUACAGACCAUCACGCCAGCCACGCUGGGCAAUGGCACUCGGCUGCAGCUGGCGGGGGUCCCAGUGGGUGUGCUGUGGCGCCCGGGACAGUGGCCUUUCUACUGCUGCACAGGCUGCGGCAAGGUCUUCUGGGAGGGCUCCCAUCUGGGCCGCCUGACUGCAAUGUUCCACGAGGUCCUGGAGCCCCCAGCCCGGCUGGCAGCCCCACCAGGACAGGCUGGGCCCCGGGAAGCCCUGCAAUAAAAGUGGUCUUGGAUCCACACUCACCCUGCAGGCUGCUGAGUGUUUCUGCCCACGUGUUGAGGGGGUCACCGAGAGGGAGGUGCACCCACCUGGCAAGGUCCAGGACCAGACCAAGGUGACACUGAGGCCACAGGGCUCCUUGAGCUGGGGGUGGAGGGGACAGGCUGCCAUGUGCUCUCGGUGGCCCACCCACAUGCCAGUCCCACUCCCAGCACUCCAGGCUGGGCAAGACGGGGCCCUCCCUGUCCUCCAUCAGCUAGGCCUGCCCUGGAUCCUCCAACCCCAAGGAGUGCCAAUGUUGCUGUGCUGCCGGGGCCUGAUGGGAUCCCAGGAGGAUGGACAGACCGAGGGAGAAGCUCCCUUGGGGAACAGGACUCGAGUGGACCCAGAAGGCGGAUAGAGGGAUGGGGUGGGGCACCAUGGCCACUAUCCUCGUCUGGGAAGUCGCCCAUUGUCCCAACCAGAAGGAUGAGGCCUGGCACAGGAGGGGCCCCUCUGUCCCUCUCAUGGCCAGGCAGGACUCCUCCCAGGAGGGCAGCAGCUGCUCCAGGCACUCAGCACUCACAGCCAGGUGGCUGCUCCUGCCCUGUGGCUGGAGAGGAAGGAGGUUCUGCGGGUCACACGGUCUGUUCCUGACCCCUCUGGAGGUCAGAGGACACAGGGUAUCAUUCAGGGAGCCCUGGGGGCAGAGGCCCUGGGGGAGGGGCACCAGGCAGGAGUGUGGGCUUGGGAUAGGGUGGCCAGUGUCUCAGGGUGGGUGCCAGCUUGCUCUCGGGCCUCCUCCAAUCUCACCCCUAGGAACCACCCCCUCGCGCUCACAUCCCCUUCCUGCACUUCCUGCCUGGGCGGAAGGAAACCAGCUCAGAUUUGGCAGAGGAGGCGGGUGGGCGGAAGCCUCAGGCAGCCUUCAGCCCAGGACCUCACACCUGCAGGCCCCAGGUGUACAGGUUCCGGCUGCUCUGGGGCCUCCCGGCGGGACCCUGGCCAUCCCAGGGCUGGC